AUGUCUGGUAACGGUUCUAUAUGGAGGAAUACAGUAACCGUAGUGUCGUUGCUUACAGCUGCCUUCACGACGUAUAAGUUUCUACAGGAAAGGCAAAAUGAAGUGCCUAGAAAAAAGGACGGUAUUGAAGAGCUCAUUGGUAAUACACCGAUGGUGAAGAUCCGUUCUUUGUCGGAACACUUGGGUGGUGUUGAAGUGUAUGCAAAGUUAGAACUGGUUAACCCAGCAGGUAGUGCAAAGGAUAGAGUUGCUCUAAAUAUUGUUCAGACUGCAGAAAAACAAGGUUUAUUGAAAAGAGGUGAGCCUGGAUGGGUUUUCGAAGGUACGAGUGGGUCCACUGGUAUCUCAAUUGCAAUGAUUUGUAACGCACUCGGUUACAAAGCGCAUAUAUCCUUACCUGAUGACACAUCAAAUGAAAAAUUGGCUCUACUGGAAAGUCUGGGUGCCGUGGUUAAUAUGGUUAAACCAGCAAGUAUUGUGGAUCCAAAUCAAUAUGUCAAUGCAUCUAAGAGUGCCUGUGAAGAAUUAAAUAGAAAAGGCGUUGAGAGAGGUGUCUUUGCUGACCAAUUUGAAAAUGAAGCAAACUGGAAAGUUCAUUUUCAAACUACAGGACCAGAAGUCUACAAACAAAUGAAUGGGAAAAUUGAUGCAUUUAUCGCUGGUUGUGGUACAGGCGGUACAAUCAGCGGUGUCUCUAAGUAUCUAAAGGAUGUAAAGGGCUUGAAAAAUUGCCAUGUCGUUCUGGCUGAUCCACAAGGUUCAGGUUUCUACAACCGUAUUAACUUCGACGUGAUGUAUGAUAGUGCUGAAAAGGAAGGUACCAGAAGAAGACAUCAAGUUGAUACAAUAGUUGAAGGGAUCGGUUUAAACAGGCUUACGCAGAAUUUUAAGAUCGGAGAAAGUUAUAUUGAUGAAUCCAUUAGAGUCUCUGACAGUCAAGCAAUAAAGAUGGCAAAAUAUCUAUCUGUUAAUGAUGGUUUAUUCGUUGGCAGUAGUACUGCCAUCAAUGCAGUUGCCGCUAUCAAAUUAGCUGAAAGAUUACCAUCCGGCUCAAAGAUCGUUAUUGUUGCAUGUGAUAGUGGCUCCAGACAUUUGAGUAAGUUUUGGAAAGAGGCCAAAAGUGUAGGUAACAAUAUUACUUUGCAAGAAAUUUUAAAUUGA